GCCGGUGUGGCUCUCACUCACGCUCACAAGCAGGGCCACUGGCCUCUGCAGGGCGGCUGAAGAUUCUAGAGACACGCAGCUCCUCUCAGCUCUCGGUGCGGGCCCUGCCUUGCCAUGCUGCCUGCUGGCAGCGCCUGGAGUCCACGGCAGGCAGGAAGGAGGGAUGACAGAUGAAGAGCUGCAGAGCCUGGGUGAAGCUGCCAUGUGGAGCUGUGGUCCACUCAACAGCACUGUGUGGGGUGAGGAGUCGCUGUGCUGGAACCUGCGCCUGGGGCUGUGGGUCCUCUCGCUGCUCUACCUGGGAGCAGGGGUCCCUGUGGGCCUGGGCUACAAUGCCUUGCUGGUGCUGGCCAACGUGACCAACAAAAGCAGCAUGACCAUGCCGGAUGUGUACUUUGUGAACAUGGCUGUGGCGGGGCUGGUGCUCACAGCGCUGGCCCCUGUGUAUCUGCUGGGCCCUGCCCAUUCCAGGUGGGCCCUGUGGAGCCUUGGCAGUGAGGCUCACGUGACACUGCUCAUCCUGUUCAACGUGGCUUCCUUGGUGACCAUGUACUCCACGGCCCUGCUCAGCCUUGACUACUACAUCGAGCGGGCCCUGCCUCGCACCUACAUGGCCAGCGUGUACAACACGCGGCACGUGUGUGGCUUCGUGUGGGGCGGGGCGCUGCUGACCAGCUUCUCCUCCCUGCUCUUCUACAUCUGCAGCCACGUGUCCUCGCGGAUCGCCGAGUGCGCCAGGAUGCAGAACACCGAGGCUGCCGACGCCAUCCUGGUGCUCACCGGCUACGUGGUGCCGGGACUGGCUGUGCUGUACGCGCUGGCGCUCAUCUCGCGGGUCCGCAGGGAGGACACACCCCUUGACCAGGACACAGGCAGGCUGGACCCCUCUGCACACAGGCUGCUGGUGGCCACUGUGUGCACCCAGUUUGGGCUCUGGACGCCGUACUACCUGAGUCUGGGUCACACAGUGCUGGUUUUGCGGGGCAGGACCGUGGAUGGGCAGUAUCUGGGGAUCCUGCAGGUUGCUAAGGACUUGGCCAAAUUCUUGGCCUUCUCAAGCAGUUCAGUGACGCCGCUUCUCUACCGCUACAUCAACAAAACCUUCCCCAGCAAACUUGGGCGGCUGGUGAAGAAGAUGCAGUGUGGCCGGCGGCGCUGCGCCCCUGACCCUGCGGGGGUCCAGCAGGUGAUGUCGCAGGCAUAGCAGGGAGGCCUUUGCUCCUCCCGCCCCAUUCUAGAGUGGACAACAGUGAGCAAGACUGAAGCUUAAUUGGAUGCAUAGCACUUUGUCUCUGGGCCCUGUGGCACUUCCUUACCAGAAGGGCUGAUGCAAGAAUAGUGUGGGGGCCAUUUCUCUCGGAGUUUUCUGUUUUACCCAAAAAGGCCAAUCUCGGGCCAAAGCCGUACUGUGGACAGCAGUAGUGCCUCGCGUGAACAGGCUGCCGCUACUAACCUUCCUACCCUCUGGGGUUGUGUGCAUUUCUCCUAAGGAUGUUUUGGGGGCCACGUCCUAGAACGAGCUGACCUUCUGCUCCUCUACAUCAGACUUUCUUAAAUGAAGCAAUGUGCUAAAGCCAGUAUUUAUACUUUGCAUCACCAACGUUUGAUUUCCCUCUCAUUCUUUUUGUUUUAUAAAAAGAAGUGUUGGUUGAAAAAAUGCCAAGUAUUAAGAUGAAGGAAACAGUACAAGACAAUGUCACUGCCCCCAGCACGGUGACCUGAGGACAGGAUAGUAUGCUGGUCAGGUGUCAUCAGCAGGCCCUGGUUCUAACAGCAGCUAAGGAGCACAGGGCAUCUAUCUCACCAUGCGCAUCCGGUGUCGUCCAGGGGAAAAGAGCAGCGGAUUCUGUGGAGCACAGACCUGCCCUUUCAAAUCAACUCCACAAGGUGCCCAGCACUAAGGAAUAUAAGUAAACUGAGGAAAGGAAAUGCUGCCAGGGUCCCUACAUUAAUGCUGAACAUGAAGAGGAGGGGACUAGGUACUGGUAAAGUGUCAGUGAGGCAUGGAAGGGAGGGGCAGGAUGAGGGGAAGCUUAGCACCUUAGAUGACCAGGGACUGGUAGCACGGUAAGGGAGCCCAGGCUGUGUCUGUGGCUGUGGGCCUUCUACCAUCCUCAUUUGAGGAAUCACUUUCUUUAACAUAUGCCUGCAAGAGCCCCAACCCCACACCAUCAUGUGCCUCCAUCUCAGUUCUCUCAGAUUACAUUAUAGGCCCAUGGCCCCUAACCCUCAUUUCUGAAGAUCUCUCCCCAUUAUCACGUGUUCUGCUCCAGUUCUGCAGAAGGCUAGUGUGACCAUGGCUGCUGCUCUGUGCAGUGGCUCUGCACUUGGGACUUCCCAUGUGGCUCAAGUGCUGACCCUGACUUCUUGGGAAUUUUGGCCACGAAUUAGUAGCUUUGGUUUUAUUUAUUCUAUGCAAACUACAUCUCUUUAGAUGGUGACUUCCCAAGUUAGUCGGCCUUCAGAGCAACCAUGGAAAUGCACUGGAUGUGCGGCCCCAGCUGUGACCCACUGAGCAUGCUCUGUGGGGCCCACUUCCUCUCCUGAGCACCAUGGGAUGAAUGAGACAACAGUUUUCUGAGUGGCUGUUUUGUUGAAGGUCUUCAGAAUGGCAAGCCUGAGUCUUCCUGCCCUAACUGAAAGGAGGGUUUAGACUGACAGCUGUCAUGCUUUCUACCUUGACUGCCCCUGACAACCCUAACCCUGCUAAGGAAAUGAGGAACCUCACUCCGAGGGUCCCAGUGCAGCCUCGCCCUCAGGGUCAUGGUCAAGGCAAACCAAGGGCAGCCUAGCCUUGUGGACCAUAGGAGAAACAGGAUCCGACCGGGAAGGGCUGUUUGUGAGGGGGCUGUGCUGGUGCAAAGUAUAAGGCCUUGUUCCUGCCAAAUAUCUGAUACCUUUUCUUGGCAGGUAGAGGUCCUGGAGAGGAGAGACCCCAGCAUGGUUCAGGAGGGCUCUGGCCUCUGCCCUUGGGAGCCCUCCCGCCCCAGUCCCCAAACAAAGCAGGGAGGGACCCACACCAGUCUUUUCCUACAAUUUCUCAGUGGCUUUAGAUAUAAACUGGCCAAGUUUUGGGGACCUUUGAAAGACUGGAGGACCAGAGUCCCAUGGUACUCAGGAAUUGAAUAGCUGCCUGCUCUACAGAGAUGGCCCACCUGCAGGCUGAGAUCUCCCUGAGCAGCAAUGUGCCCUCACUGUGUGGCUCCUACCCAGAGCCCUGCUCCCUCUGCCUGCCCUGCCCUCCUCCUCCUUGUCCUGCCUUCAUCCGGACUGAGCACACCGUGCAGUCCACUGGCGCCCCAACGCCUGCUGUCUGGCCCCACACCAAGCUUGUCCUGGGGACCCAGUGUGUCCAUUACCUUUUGCUCCCAAUUCUUCUGCCACAUUACCAAAUAGUAGGAAAAUCCCUAACUAAGUCACACAGAGGCGGCUUUGGCCAAUCGUGGGUUAGAUGUGCAGUGUUUAUUUCCUCACGAGUCUGAAGAUUCCAGCAGGACACAGCUUCUCUAGGGGUCCUUACUUCAGCCAUCAACACUUCUUGACUAGUACAAUUUAAAAUGAAUGGUUUUAUUUUUAUUAUUCACCAGGAGAGCUUGCCAUGUUUCAUUAUUUAGGAUCCCAAAGGUGAGUUUCCUCUUGGAUUUCCUUCAAAAGGUCAUAAAAUGUGUCAUAGAAAACGGGAGCUAGCUGGUUGUGGCGGACAUACUCAGAAGACCCGUGUUCUGCUAGGAAAGCACUCAGCGAUGGUCAGACCAGGGAAAAAGUAAGAAGUAAACACACGUCCUGCUCCCGUGUUUCAAGCCUGUUGCAGAAUGUGAGCCUUCUCAUUUCUGACCUGUGGGGCCCACCCCUGAGGCUGAGCCCACCUGCCCAAGUCCUGUGAAUGUAAAAAGAAACUGCUGAUAAGACCUACACAUCUUAAAUAUUAAAUUAUUUAACACUGA